AUGAUCUCCGACGACGAUCUGUACAAGCUUGCCGUGUUUCUGGGCUCUGCGGCAAUGGUCCUUAUCGUCAUAUACCAUUUUGUUGAGGUCAACACGACCGAUGAGGCAGCGGAGAAGGCACAAAGGACGUCGGCGCCGGCAGGCAAGCAAGCAGCACUGAACUAUGGCCUGGUACUAUGGCUUUCCGGCAAUGAUGAAAGCCGCUAUGAGAGCAACGAGUGGGGUUUGAUCCAAGGAAUCUAG